AUAAAUAAAAUGUUUAAAAAAAAAAAAAGAAACUACGUUUAGGAGCCUCAAGAAGUUUACAAGAUAUUUAAGACUACCUAAUACUGCUUUAUCAGUUUGGCAGUACACAGAACCUUUGACAAUGUUCUAAUGAACUCUCCAGAAAGGAGGGGAAAAGUAUUUAUUUGAAGAGAUUAUAUUCCUCAACUUGUACUUGGCAGAUUACUAUAGCUAGAUUAAACAAACAGUGGGUUAUAGUAAUGUACAUAAAUCCUAUAACUUUAUCAUUUCAUGGUGUCCAAAGAAAGAGUGGUAUUUCCUGAUAACCAGGGUUCUACUCUCUGUCCCUGUCUAUUUGACUAAGUUAGGCCAUUUAAGUGGAGUCAUGCAAUUUUGUCCUUUUGUGGCCCUAAUUUUACCUAGCAUAAUGUUUGUAUGGUUCAUGCGUGUUGUAGCAUUUAUCAGAAUUGCAGUCAUUGAAAAAAAGGAAUAAUAUGGCCUUGUAGGUAUAUAUUACAUUUGUGUAUCCAUUCAUCUGUUCAUGGGACACUUGAGUUGUUUCUACUUUGGAGGUGUUGGAAGUCGCACUACUUUUAUUGCUUCUUGGCCCUUUGGCUAAGAUCAAGUGGAAAUCGCACCACUUUUAAGUGGAGACUUGGCUCCUGAUCUAAUGCUCAUUCCCAUAGCAUCACAGAGGGAAUUGAUUGCUUUAUAUAACCUCCAGUCUGUUCCAAACUUAAGAGGUUUUGAGGGAAAUGGGCAUCUCCUGUAAAAUAAUUAGUUCACUGAAAUAUUGAUGCUGAGCUUUCAUGAAUAAAUGAAUCACACUAAGGUUGGUUGGUCCAUACUUUAAAUCUCCUGAAGAAAAUAUCUCUUUCUCCUUUUCCUUCAGUUAAACACACACACACACACACAAUGGUUUAGAGGGAGAUACCAAGAGACUACCAAAAGCUGAUGUACUCUCUCUAGAAUUAUUUCUAGAGGUGAAACUUCACUGUGCAACACAGCACAGAACUGCUUCUCAGUAAGGAAGCCCACAGAGCACUUUCUCCAGGAUUCCAUUGUCCCUGUGCCAAGCUUGGGGUAGCAAUUGCAUCACUUCCAAACUCAGGUGUUUCCAACCUACUAGAACACGUGGACAAAGCCUGCGGCAAAUCUGGCUUCUGCCAGUCCCGUCCACACUUGGAGCGCAGCUCUUUCCAGGAUCUCUGCACAGAGGGUGGCUGCCAUUAGACAAGGCCUGAGCCAGAGGAGAAGAGUACAGAGCAGAGCCAUGAAUAUCAUCUUGGGUCUCCUCCUGCUUCUGCUCACCAUCAUCUACUCCUACUUGGAGGCACUGGUGAAGGUUUUCUUUCCCCGAAGGAGAAAAUCUGUGGCUGGGGAGGUUGUUCUCAUUACAGGAGCCGGGCAUGGAAUAGGCAGGUGGACUGCCUAUGAAUUUGCAAAACGGAAGAGCCGACUGGUUCUGUGGGAUAUUAAUAAGCGCGGUGUUGAGGAAACGGCAGCCGAAUGCAGGCGACUGGGGGCCACUGCGCACGCGUAUGUGGUGGACUGCGGUGACCGAGAAGACGUUUAUAACUCUGUAAAGCAAGUAAAGAAAGAAGUGGGAGAUGUAACCAUCCUGGUGAAUAAUGCUGGGACAAUAUAUCCAGCUGACCUUCUUAGUACCAAGGACGAAGAGAUUACCAAAACUUUUGAGGUCAACAUCCUAGGACACUUUUGGAUCACAAAAGCACUUCUUCCGUCCAUGAUGAAGAGAAAUCAUGGCCACAUUGUCACAGUGGCUUCAGUGUGUGGCCAUGGAGUGAUUCCUUAUCUUAUUCCAUAUUGUUCCAGCAAAUUUGCUGCUGUCGGCUUCCACAGAGCUCUGACAUUAGAACUUGAAACCUUGGGGAAAACCGGAAUCAAAACCUCAUGUCUCUGCCCAGUUUUUGUGAAUACUGGGUUCACCAAAAACCCAAGCACAAGACUAUGGCCUCUUUUGGAAACAGAUGCAGUUGCAAGAAGCUUGAUAGAUGGAAUACUUACCAAUAAGAAGAUGAUUUUUGUUCCAUCAUAUUUCAAUAUCUAUAUAAUACUAGACAAAUUUCUUCCUGAACGUGCCUUGGCAGCUAUAAAUCACUUACAGAACAUUCAAUUUGAAGCAGUGAUUGGCCACAAAAUCAAAAUGAAAUGAAUAAUUGAGCUCCAGCCAGAGAUGUAUGCACCUUCAUGAUGUAAACCUAAGUUUAGAAUCAAUGCUUCAAAGCUUAAUUUCACAUUUUCAAUACUGUUCAUAUAACAAAAAAAACAUUAGUUUGACAUCAGCCGCAGUCAAAGGAACAAGACUAAUUACCUGUCUUUCUCAAGAAUAUUAAUGUAGCUUUCACAGUCAGAUCCAUUCUUCGUUCCAUGCCCCUUAAAAACUUCUAUGCUUACAUAAACAUACUCAAAAGGCCUCUUUUCUUCAGAUAUUUUAUUUUUUUCCUUUCUGCUUCAAGGGGAACAAAGCCACCUCCUUGAGAGUAAAUACAAAGAGAAGUUAUUUACACGGGGAAGGCUGAAGACCUUGUCAACAUGUACACCAUGUGAGCUAGCAGUUGGGAGGCGAGGUUUAAGCAGGCCGCAGUGCUCCGAAGGACAAAGAGGCUACUUCUGUGCAAUUCAGCAUUUGGAAGCUUUCACUGGCUUCUCCCUUUUCAGCAGCCCCACACAGCGCAGCGGUAUUCUGUAGUUUCUUGCUUGAUUCUGUCCUUUGUAUAGCUCUUCUAUCCACCAAGAGUGGACACUAUACUUUCUGCCCUUUCCAUAACCUCUGAAAAUACUAUGACAUUACAAAACCUGACUCUCUUUGAAUCUCAGAAUAUCUGAAAUUUUAACCCCAGGAUAAACCCCUCUUUCUUUGUAGUUUAUGCUUUCACAUAUCAUUGGUACCAGAGACGGUGAGAUAGUUUUGAGCUUCAAAAAUGAAAACUAACACAGAAAAAAGAAUUAGGCUGACUACCCAAUACUCGACAGUAGAUCUAAGAGAUAAAUGAGUGUUCUCUUUAAAGAUCUGAUUCCCACUACAUCAAGAGUAAUCUUUUUUGUGUUUUUCUCAUAUAUAAUAGACUGCUUUUACAUCAACUAUCUGCCUGUUUUUAUUAAAAAUGAAUGAUUAAAAACAAAU